AUGGGCAUCGGAGAAAAAACACUUUUGCUUGUAUCGGGAAGCAGGGAAAUGUCAGUCCUGACAGGGACAUCACAAGCACAAGUCCUGUCUCCAGACAAAGGAUACACAGUAAAAAAAGUGUCUUCAUCUAACACUUUUAUAGUAAAAAGGGGCAAUAGGUAUACAGAGAUCAAGCAUGUACUCGAACUCGUUGAAAAUCCAUUAGAUCUUGAGAAAAUUCAUGACUCUAUUCCAUCUAGCUCCAUAUGGAAUCUGUUGCCGCCCGUAGAUGUUCAAGGCUGCUUUUACUUGGGAGACUCCCAGAUAGAGCUCGUAGAAAAGGAGUUGAAGUUGCUGAAACUGAGCGGUGGAUAUGCAAAGAUCAAUUACAAGGACAUGGCAGAUGUAGCAUGCUAUAUUAGUAGCGUUAAGGAAUGUAGCGAUUUUGGCAUUAAAAUGGAUAUUUAUCCCGAGAUAGUGAAGGAAUGGGCUCUCAGGAACUUUACGGGUGAUCCAGCAGAAGUAGCCCUUCACUGUCUAUUGGCUUGCGAUGAGGGAGGCAAUAUGGAAAUCUUUUUGAAAUCUUGGGAAGAGAUGCAUCUAGAUGAGGUAAAUAUUGGAGAUCUUACUCAGCGUGUGAAUUCUACUUUCAUUCCCCAGAAAAAGAAGGAAAGAUUACAACAAUAUCUCAAUAAAUUGACUGGAUGA